CGCCCGCGGCCGCCCGGGAGCUCGUCCAGCCCCGCGCUGCGCUCGCCCGCCCGCUGCCCGCCGGAGCACCGCGGCCGCCGCCCGCGUCCAUCUGCCCGCCGCCCGCGCCUGUCCCGCCGCCCGCGUCCGCACCGGCCCCACCGCUCUGCGUCCGGGUAUUAAUCAGCAGAGAAACUGAGGAGACACAGACAAGUUCUUCCACGAUGUCGUACAGACGAGAACUAGAGAAAUACCGUGACCUGGAUGAAGAUGAAAUCCUUGGAGCCCUAACAGAGGAAGAGCUCAGGACCCUGGAAAAUGAGCUGGAUGAGCUGGACCCUGAUAAUGCACUGCUGCCUGCAGGCCUGAGGCAGAAGGAUCAGACCACCAAGGCGCCCACGGGCCCCUUUAAAAGAGAGGAGCUCUUGGAUCACUUGGAAAAGCAAGCAAAGGAGUUUAAGGACCGAGAAGAUCUGGUCCCCUACACAGGGGAAAAACGAGGAAAGGUCUGGGUUCCUAAGCAGAAGCCAUUGGAUCCUGUGCUGGAAAGUGUGACGCUGGAACCGGAGCUGGAGGAAGCCUUGGCAAAUGCUUCGGAUGCAGAACUCUGUGACAUUGCAGCGAUCCUGGGCAUGCACACGCUCAUGAGUAACCAGCAGUACUACCAGGCGCUGAGCAGCAGCUCCAUCAUGAACAAGGAGGGGCUCAACAGCGUGAUUAAACCCACACAAUACAAGCCUGUGCCCGACGAAGAACCAAAUUCAACAGACGUAGAGGAAACGCUGGAACGGAUAAAGAACAAUGACCCAAAACUUGAAGAAGUUAACCUGAAUAAUAUCCGGAAUAUCCCCAUCCCCACCCUCAAGGCAUAUGCAGAAGCCCUGAAAGAAAACUCAUAUGUGAAGAAGUUCAGCAUCGUGGGGACACGGAGUAAUGAUCCCGUGGCGUAUGCCCUUGCUGAGAUGCUCAAGGAGAACAAGGUGUUGAAGACACUGAAUGUGGAAUCCAACUUCAUUUCUGGAGCUGGGAUUCUGCGCCUGGUAGAAGCCCUCCCAUAUAACACUUCUCUGGUGGAACUGAAAAUUGACAACCAGAGCCAGCCCCUGGGCAACAAAGUGGAAAUGGAGAUUGUGAGCAUGUUGGAAAAAAACGCAACACUUCUCAAAUUCGGCUACCACUUUACCCAGCAAGGACCCCGGCUUCGGGCAUCCAACGCAAUGAUGAACAACAAUGACCUUGUGAGGAAGAGGAGGCUUGCGGACCUGACUGGGCCCAUCAUUCCCAAGUGCCGGAGUGGUGUCUAGUGUGUGGCGGUGGAGACCAUGCCUUUGAACUGGACGUGUUCUGUUGAUGACCUGUGCUCUGCAGGGGAAACCAGAAGGCAAAAUGCCGGCAGCACGAAACCCUUUUGUGGUUCAGUUCUUUAUGCACUAAGGUUUUAGGUUGACUAGUGGUUGUAGUUGAAAAUUUUAUAAAAUAUCGUUAAUGUGAAGUUUUUCUUUAGUCACAGAAGUUGAGUCUGGUUAUUAUUUAAAAACUAGAAGCCCCCAAACCAGCAUAUCUUACUGAAGAUGAUGUUCCAGCAGCAGCGACUUAGCCCCAGGAGCCCAGUUUCAAUGGCCUUGCUGUGUGGUGUUUCAAGUGCAUUUAAAAUGUGUGACACAGAAACGGCACACUCUUCCACAUGCUUUUGAAGUAUUAUAAAACACUUUAUUACAAAUUUGUCUUGGCUAUUAGCAAAUAAAACAGAUUAUCAUUCUUUAUUAA